GGGAUUGAACGAAGGAUCCCUGAGUUCUGCAGCGCGAGCUUUCGCUCCACGUGCCCUGAGCCUCUCAAAAAAGACGUAAAAAACGAAAGCCCAAGCUUGAUGCGCAUAGCAGGCAGGGAUCGGUUCGAGUCUCCAAGCCCUCGAGCGAAAGGCAGCUCGCAGGAGACGCGCGCUCAAACACCGGGUUGCCAUGUCUGAAGAGAUCCAAGCCAUCGGGAUCGACCUCGGCACGACCAACUCAUGCGUGGGCAUUUUCCAGCAUGGCAAGGUGGAGAUCAUCGCCAACGACCAGGGCAACCGCACGACGCCCAGCUGCGUGGCUUUCACGGAAACCGAACGUCUGGUCGGAGACCCCGCGAAGGCCCAGGUGGCGCUGAACCCGGAGAACACCGUGUUCGGGUCCAAGCGGCUCCUGGGAAGAACCUAUGACGACCCCAAGCUUCAGGAGGAUCUCAAGCACCUGCCAUUUUGUAUCAUCAAUGACAAUAACGCGCCAAAAAUCAAGGUAAUGUACAAGGGCGAGGAGAAGAUCUUCAAUCCAGAAGAAAUUUCAGCAAUGAUACUCACAAAAAUGAGGGAGGUAGCCGAAGCUUACUUGGGCAAGAAGGUUGAGCUGGCUUGCGUCACAGUACCCGCGUACUUCAACGACUCCCAAAGGCAGGCCACCAAGGAUGCUGGCACCAUCGCAGGGCUUCAGGUCCCCAAGAUUCUGAACGAGCCCACUGCCGCUGCUCUGGCCUAUGGACUAGACAAGAUCACUUCGGGAGAGAAGAAAGUCAUCAUCUUGGACCUAGGUGGAGGCACCUUCGACGUGUCUUUGCUGAGCAUAAAAGAUUCGCAGAUCUUUGACGUUCUAGCGACGGCCGGAGACACUCAUCUGGGUGGCGAAGACUUCGACAACCGCCUCGUAGACUUCUUUCUUGAUGAGAUCAAGCGCAAGUUAAAAACGGACAUCACAGACAGGGCGAGAGCGGUCCGUCGUCUUCGAACAGCCGCCGAACGCGCCAAGCGUAUUCUCUCCAGUACUGCAGAGACAAGCAUCGAGAUCGAUGCGCUCUUCGACGGCCACGACUACUACACUAAGAUCACACGUGCCAGAUUCGAAGAACUGUGCCUUGACCUGUUCAAAGAAACCCUGGUACCUUUGCAAAGGGCCCUCGAAGACGCCAAUGUAGACAAGAUGGAAAUUGACGACGUCGUCCUGGUCGGAGGUUCAACUAGAAUUCCAAGGAUCAAGAAACUCAUCAGGGAGUUUUUCAACGAUAAAGAACUAUGUCAUAACAUCAACCCGGAUGAAGCCAUCGCCUACGGCGCCGCCGUCAGCGCUGCCCUCUCCGCUGGAGCCAAGGACGAGAGCAUCAAGAAUGUCCAACUUCUAGACGUGGCACCCCUCUCCUUGGGCAUUGAGACCGCCGGUGGGGUGAUGACCAAAAUCAUCGGCAGAAACACUAAGGUACCGUGUAAAACGUCCAAGCCUUUCACGACCUACUCGGACAACCAGACCGGCGUCACCAUCCAAGUCUACGAAGGCGAGCGCACCAUGACUAAGGACAAUCAUCAUCUGGGCCGCUUCGAACUCACAGGCAUCCCUCCAGCGCCUCGCGGAGUGCCCAAAAUUGAGGUGACUUUUGAUAUUGACCAGAACGGAAUCCUCAACGUGUCCGCACGCGAUGAAAGCACGGGCCACGCGCAGUCCAUCUGCAUCACAAACGAGAAAGGACGACUAUCCGCCAGCGACAUCGAGAGGAUGCUGCAAGAAGCCGAAAAAUACCGACUCGAGGACAUCGCUCAGCGGGAACGAGUGGACGCUAAGAACUCGCUCCAGAGUUACAUUUUCAGUGUUCAGCAGGCCAUCAAAGAGGUGGUUAGCGACAAGAUCAGCGCCGACGAAAAAUCCAAGGUUCUGCAAGCCUGCCAGAGCGCCAACGAGUGGUUGGACGACAACAUGGAAGCUCCGGCACCCGACGUGCAAGCGAAGUUGAAAGAGGUGCAGGACGCGUGUUCCCCUCUCAUGAUCAAAAUGCAUAUGGGAUAAUGGUGGUUAUGUUUCUUAUGACCAUGGCCAAAUUAUUCCGGUGUCACAUACGACCCGGGAGAAGUUAGCUGUUUCUUCAUUUUCUAAAUUGGCUUUUUGCAUACAGGGUUACAUUAAAAACGACUUCUUGAAACCACUCAUUGGGGAGUUUUCGUAGACCGCGUUUUCCCGGCCGCUAAGCCCUCCUCAACGAAGAAGCCGCUACUGCGCCUGCGCGCCGACGACCUUGGCUGGAGAGUUCCGGGUAUCGGAGCGGGUUGCGGAGGGCCGUUGCUGGACGGCGAAAACGAUCUACGAAAACUCCCCAUUAUCACCCAUGGUUGUACAGAACGUAAAGUCGCCCAAUUUUGUAUACUAUCACGCGAGCGUCAGCC